UAUGGCUACGUCAUCACCGUGCGCCCGGAGCAGCUGAUCCGACCAACAUGUGUUGAGGUGAACCCGCAAGAGCUCAGGUGUGCGCGUGAGCGUGUGCGUGCAGUAUUGAUCCGUAUUGAUCACAUUGGGUUCCUGGCAUCGAUCCGUCCUGUCAGCAUGGAGCGCGUGCUGCUGACCGGAGCGUCCUUGGCGGUGGGGGCGGGGCUCGGAGCCUCUCUCUGCGGCUUCCUGAGCUCCGCGGAGCGGCGAGGCGGAGCGGAGCGGCUCGGCCUGCUGGCCCGCGUCCCGGUGCUCCCGGUGCCGAGCGUCCAGGCGUCCGAGCUGACGGUUUCCCCUGGCAGGUCCACAGCAGUGAUGAAAUACGGUUUCCCCUCGUUGGCCAACAUUAAGACCAGAGAGUCGUACGUCACCUCCUACGACCCCCGCACACGCACGGCAUCCUGGGUAAUAGAGCAGCUAAACCCCGCCUCCCUGAGCGGGCCGUCAGACAGGAAGUACUGCGACUUCAAAGAGGACGACAGCGUGCACCUGUACCAUCGCUCCACCAACACAGACUACAGGGGGAGUGGCUUCGACAGAGGUCACCUGGCUGCAGCAGCCAAUCACAAGUGGAGUCAGAAAGCCAUGGAGGACACCUUCUACCUGAGCAACGUGGCACCACAGAACCCUCACCUGAACCAGAACGCCUGGAACAACCUGGAGAAGCUGUGCCGCUCCCUGACCAAACACUACCUGAACGUGUACGUGUGCACCGGCCCGCUCUACCUGCCCAGGCAGGAGGCUGAUGGGAAGCUGUAUGUUCGCUAUCAGGUGUUAGGUCGCAACCACGUUGCCGUGCCAACGCACUUUUUCAAGGUGGUGAUUCUGGAGCGAGCAGGUGGUGCAGGGGUGGAGCUAAGGUCAUACGUCUUACCAAACGAACCUGUCGAUGAAAAGAUUCCCCUGGAACGCUUCCUGGUUCCCAUAGAAACCAUCGAGCGAGCGUCGGGACUGCUGUUCGUCCCCAACAUCAUGAAGAGGGCCACCAGCCUGCAGGCCAUCGCUGCUAAAUGAACCACAACACCCACAAUCCACCUCUGCCCGCUGAACCACAACACCCACAAUCCACCUCUGCUAAAUGAACCACAACACCCACAAUCCACCUCUGCCCGCUGAACCACAACACCCACAAUCCACCUGUGCCGGCUCUGGCUCGGGACAGAUGUCCGCAGGGUGAAGCGGUGUUGAGUUGAUCCACUCAGGGAUGUUUUUGUUUUGUUCGGACCAUCUGAUUGGUCGACUUGUCUCAGCUGGUCUCAGCUGUCUGUAAUUCAGAUUCAGGGGCUGAUUUAUCGGGGAUCUGUCAGUGUUUUUCAUGUGCAAAUGAGACAAAUCUGUGACUGAGUGACUGCUGCCAGGGCCUCACAGCAAACUGUGCCUGUUAUUUAUGGCUUGUGAAGUGUCUUGAUUGUUUUGCGGCGCCUUUGACCCGCAGCCCGGGCAGUUCACAUCGCCUGUCAGAGAUCACUCACAGAAAUUCAGUCCCAGUCUGGAUAUUGAAAGCAACGUGAUUCAUUUACAACUGAAAACACCCAUCGUGAAGAGGGCGGACAUUGUGUCUGAUUCAUCUCUUUGGCUGUUUUUAGCCAUUUACUAUUUUAAGACAAAGCGCCCCGGCUGCUGAACUGAGGCUCGAUAAAUCAACCCCUGCGCCGAGAAACCGUUCAUCUGAAUCAAGUUUUAGCCUGAAGAGACUUUGAACUCACGUCUGAAAGUGAUGUGAUGAUUUUCUGCAGGUGAUGCUGCUACAAACUGCUGUGUCAUACUGACAUUUUUAAUCUGUUAAUGUCUGACUGUUAUAUGGGCUGAAAUAUAAACAUUUCUUAGAUGCAGAC